AUGGCCCUCCGCAAGGCGUGGCUCGAGCUCCCCGACGAGCCCGCCGUCGGCUGGCGCGUCGUCGACGUCGUCGCCGAGGACGGCGCCUUCGCCUCCGUCCGGGAUGGGGCCUCGUCGACGCGCGUCGACCGCGCGCGGCUCAGCGACUACGACGCGACGUACGAGGACGAGGCGCUCUGCAGCGACGUGUCGCGGCUCGCGUCGCUCCACGCGGCGCCGCUCGUGUCGGCGCUCGCCCGGCGCUUCCGCGCGCGGACGACCUACACGAACGUGGGCGACGUGCUCAUCGCCGUGAAUCCGUGGCGCGACGUGCCGGACGCGCCCGGCGCGCCGCACGUGCGCGACGUCGCCACGGCGGCGCUCGAGGGCGCCGUCGAGCGGCGCGCGUCCCAGGCCAUCGUCAUCUCCGGCGAGUCCGGCGCGGGCAAGACCGUGUCCGCGACGCGGAUCAUCGAGUACCUCGUCGCGUCCGGCGGUUUGGGCCGGUCGCGGAAGCGCGAGUCCUUCGAGCGCCGCGAGAGGGCCAAGGAGAGCCUGCUCGCGCGCCUCGGCGCGUCCAUCCCCUCCCUCGAGGCCCUGGGCAACGCGUCGACGGGCCUCAACGACAACAGCAGCCGCUUCGGCAAGCUCGUGAAACUCUCCUACGACGGCCGCGGCGGCGAGCGCGACGUCGUCGGCGCGUCCAUCGAGGAGUUCCUGCUGGAGAAGGCGCGCGUGUCGCGCCGGUCCCGGUCCUGCGCCCAGGAGCGCAACUACCACUUCCUCUGCCAGCUCGCGGGCAAGUCCGGGAAAAAACGCGCGUACGCCACGAACGCGAAAAGCGACGACGGCGCGAAGCUCGCGACGACCGAGCGAGCCUUUGCCGCGCUCGGCCUCGACGACGACGUCACGGCCUUCGCCGAGGCCGUGGGCGAGGCCGUGCUCUGCCUCGGCGACGGCGACGCGGCCGCGGCGGCCGCCGCGCUCGGCGUCGACGCCGCGGCGCUGGCCGUCGCGCUCAAGGAGCGGCGCUGCGCGGGCGCGGGCACGGACGCGACGGUGUCCGUGACCUACGAGCCCACGGAGCAGCUCCGCGUCGUCGACGCGCUGGCCAAAGCUCUGUACGCCGCGCUCUUCGGCAGUUUCGUCGCCGCGGCGAACGCGGCGCUCGCGGCGCCGCUCGAGGAGGUCCGCGGGUCCGUCGCGAGCCCGCUCGGCGAGCGGUCGCCCAACGGCGGCUCCACGCCCCGGAAGGCGGGGCCCCGCGAGGCCUUCGUGGGCAUCCUCGACAUCUACGGCUUCGAGAUCUUCGCCGUCAACGGCCUCGACCAGCUCCUCAUCAACUACGCCAACGAGGUGCUCCAGCGGUCCUUCGACGACUGCCUCUUGAAGGCGGAGGCGAAGCGCUACGACGACGACGCCGUGCCCUGGGACGCCGUGGACCUCGCGCGGUGCCUCGGGAGCACCAAGGUCGUCGACCUCGUCGCGGCGCCGCCGCGGGGCCUGCUCCCGCUCCUCGACGAGCAGGUGAAGCUGGGCGUGCGCGGCGCCGACGCGGCCUUCCUCACGCAGGCGGACAAGGCCCACAAGGACUGCGACGUCUACGGCAAGCCGCGCUUCGACCGCGACAAGUUCACGGUGACGCACUACGCGGGCGCCGUGACCUACGACCCCGCGGGGUUCCUCCUGUCCAACUCGGACCCGCUGCCCGUGGACGUCGCGGCCGUGCUGGCGACGUCGUCGAAGCCGCGCGUCGCGGCGCUCCUCGCGCCGGAGCCGGGCGCGCGGAGUGGCGCGAAGUCGCUCCCGCAGCUCCGCGAGUCGACGUCGCGCGUCUUCCGGGGCCAGAUGAAGUCCCUGGAGAAGACGCUCGCGGCCUGCGCGGCGCCGGCGCACUACGUGCGCUGCGUGCGGCCCAACGCGGCCAAGUCGCCGGACGACUUCGACGCGCGGCUCGUGCUCGGGCAGUUGACGGCCGCGGGCGUCAUGGACCUCGUGAAGCUCCGGGGCCAGGGCUUCCCGGAGCGCGUCGACGCCGCGGCCUUCGUCGCCGAGUUCGGCCGCGGGUUGGACGGCGACGCGGACGCCGCCUUCGCGGCGGCGCUCGCGGCGCGCGCGCCCGCGGCAGCCGCCUCCUACGCGGCGGCGAAGCGCGCCGAGGCCGCGGCGCUCGACGCGCUCGACGGCGACGCGGCCCCGGACGCGCCGCCGCCGCCGCCGCCGCCGCCCCUCGAGCUCGACGCCUUCCGCGGCGAGGUCUACGACGUCAUCGACAAGUCGGCGAAAAUCGCGACGCUCGUCGCCGCCGAGUUCCACCGGCAGAAGCACGCGCGCGCCUUCCGCGCGUGCGCGGCGCGGUCGCGGCCCUUCGCGGACUUCCUCGAGACGAACGAGCUCCUCGUCGUCGCCAAGGCCGUGCGCCUCCGGAAGAAGGGCCUCUUCUCGACGACGGAGGUCGACGCGACGGCCGUCGUCUCGUCCCGCGGCGCCGUGCGCGUCGUCGUCAUGCGCGCCGUCGUCGGCGACUGCGACCGCGCGGGCCACGCGAUGGCCGUGUCCGCGGCGCCGCCGGCCGGCGGCUGCUGCGCGGCGGGCGGCCACGUCCUCGCGGGCGACCCGGGCGACGCGCCCUGCCUCGUCGCCGUCGACCGCCUCGACGGCGCGAAGCGGCCCAAGCCGCUGCGCUUCGUCGACGACGCGGAGGGCGCGACGCGCGUCUGGCGCGGCGUCGCGGGCGCCGUCGGGGCCGCCGACUUCCGCUGCCUCGCGCCCCUCGCGAUCCUCGCCCUCGCGCGCGAGUGAAGGCCGCCGCCAAGCGAAGGCGGCCUUCCCCGAUCAAAAACGCGGCGCCGCGCCACAAGGGCGCGGCUCCUAGCCGCGUAAUGCCUGCACCACGCGUGUUAG